AUGAAAUAUUUCAUUCAAAUUUUGUUUUAUUUCAUUUUUUUAUUUAAUAAAUCUAUACAAAUUGAUGAGAAUGUUUUAUUAAUAAAUGAUCCAAAAAAUACUUAUUAUCCAUCUUAUACAAUUGUAACAUCAACGAAUCGAUUAAAACGUGAUAAACCUCCUUUAUUUAAUUCAGAAAUAAAAUAUUCAAAUAUUAUUUCUAAACAAUGUGAUCAACAUAUUUAUACUAAACUAUCUAGUUGUUCACAAUUAACAGAGUGCACAGCAUUAGCAUCUUGUCUUGAAUCUAUUCAUUGUUCAUUAGAUGUAAAAUCAUAUGGAAGUUUAAUUCUUAAUCUAUUUCAUUUACUCGGAAAUAAUAAUUGUCAUAAUUAUGAUUUACAUACAUUAUGUCCAAAUGAUAAACGACUUAUUAUUCUACAUAAUUUACUUACGCAUUGGACUGAUAAUGUAAUAAUCAAUCCUAUUGAUUAUGAAGAACAAAAUAAUGCUAAAAUUGAUAAUUAUUGCGAAACAAUACCGAAUUUUAUAAGUGAAGUAAAGAAAGAAAUAAACGAACAAUGUUCAAUGUAUUUACGACAAGCUGAAGCAUUUCUUGAAGGCUAUAUAUGUUCAACAAAUCAAGUUGAACUACCAUCAACUAGUAUAGCAACUCAAUUGGAACAAAAUUUACACUGGUCAAAAUUAGAUGAAGACGAAGAAUUAAAUUUUAUUGAAUCAAAUAAAGAUUUAUUGAAUACUACAGAACAAACAGUUUAUGUUAAUGAUCAUCGCUAUUAUAAUGUUUCAUAUAUUAUUCCAAAAUCUGAAGGAAAACCUUUAUAUUUUGUUGAAGAUACUAAUCAAUUUAUUCAUAUACAUGCACUUUCUGAUCGACAUCGAUCAGCAUUUAGUAUCAAUUUAAAAUUUAAUUUUCCAUUUUAUGGACAUAGUAUUAAUAAAAUAUUGAUUGGAACAGGAGGUUUUAUCUAUACUGGUGAUUUAUUACAUUCAGCAUUAAUCGGUAGUACACAGUAUAUUGCACCAUUCAUGGCAAAUUUUGAUGUAUCAAUUGGUGGAAAUCAAUCUACAAUAAAAUAUUUCGAUAAUAGUACACAUUUUAUAUGUACAUGGAAUAAUCUUUAUUUACAAGAUCAACAAGAUACUGGUCCAUUUACAUUUCAAACUAUUCUAGAAAAUAAUGGUAAUAUUUAUUUUAAUUAUAUGCGUAUUCCACAAGUGAAAAUAUCAAUUAUAAAUCAUGCUCAUCGUAUUGGUGUAUCAGAUGCAUAUAUGUCUGAACAUGCAACAAAUGAUCAUAUUGUUCGUGUUAUCACACUUUAUGAUAAAAUUAAUUUAGAUAAAGAAAAAAUUAAAAAUGGUGUUUCAAUUAUUUUUUAUAUGGAUAACACAUGUAACACCUUUACAGAUUGUGCAUCAUGUCUGGCUAAUCGUGGUAAACGAUAUAAUUGUUCAUGGUGUGAUAAUAUUCAAAAAUGUUCGGAUGGAUACGAUCGAUCACGUCAUCAAUGGAUACGGGCUCAAUGUCAUCGUCUUGCUUCAGAAGACACAUGUCCAAUUAAUAUUGAAGAUACAUUAAAUGAUAACAAUGAUAAUAAUCGAUUUCUGCUAACACCGUCACUUGUCGAUUUAAAUAAAAUUCCAUCACAGAUUUUAUCUCGACAACAUUCAACAUUCUAUACACUUCGUACAAUUAUUAUUACUUUAUUAAUAACUGUUUUAAUCCUGUCAUUAAUUGCUUUUCUUGGUAGUUAUAUUUAUGCUUAUCUUCGUCCAACAUCACCACCAGGUAUAUGGCUUCUCGAACAUCGUCCAUCCAAUUAUGUUGCUCGUUUUAAACGUUCUUCUAGCACAAAUAAUGAUUUAUCUUAA